AAUGAGUUCUUGAAUACUCUGCAAUUUGUUGAGAUCUUACAUCUUUGAGAUUCAAAAUUGUGUUGACAAAAUAUUUAUCCUCUUAAUUGAAAUUGACUCUCUGAAGUUUAGGUGGAUGCUUGAAUAUUUAUGUGGCAAAAACCCCUGAUGUACUUAUGAGUAACAUGGUAAGUGGUGAAGGAUAACAAUAUAAGAAACUACGUAAAUCCUUAUUUUACCCUUUUCUAUCUUUCCACUGGUUUACUUUGUGAGAUUUACUAUGUCAGCUGUAGGGACAUUCCAAUGGAAGUUAUUCAAAUUACUCAUGACCACGUAUUCCCAGAAUUACCAAGAGAACUAAUGGUGAUGUAAACAAUUGUUGCAAUAUCAUUUCCUUAUAAGGACUUAGGAAGCUGGUAAUUGGUUCUAUGAUCUUGUUUUGAGUUCAGGGUGUGAUUUAACGGGAAAAUUAUUUUCUCUUCCCAGUUACCAUGAUUUUGGUAGAUAUAGUCUCCUGGUCAGUUUUGUUUUUUGUCAUAACCCAUUGUGCCACUGUGUAGAGAGGAUGUCUGGUAUGUGUAGAGCAGCACCUUUCAAAAUAUUUCUUGUUUUUAUUGAAACCCUGCUUCAAACAAAAUAUUCUAAGUCCAAUAUAUAAGGAUAAAACAGCUUGAUUCUGGGUGAGGUGUGGGGUGGAAGUGGGAAUCGGUGUACAGUGCUGUCCCUUGGUUACCCCACUCAUGCAUAAACCAUUUUCUGUUGAAUCCCUUAGACUCUUGACAGCACAAUUUGAAAAACCACCACUAAGAGAUAAAGGUUGCUAGAUUAGGAAUCCAAAGACCUGAACUACAGUCCAGUCCUGCUAUUAGCGAGCUCUAUUACUGAACUUCUCUGGGUCCCAAUUUCUACAUAUAUGAAAUAAGAAGAUGGAACUAGGUCUCUUUCAGCUAAAAAGUUAAGGGAACCAAUAGCAACUAUAUGUAAAUCACAAUAUUUAUGUGUUGUAGGAUUUUUCUAUCUGAAAAAUAAAAUGCUCAGUGAAGGGUAAAAUUUGCUUGCUACUUCAGAGUUCUAAGUAUUGGGAGAAUUUUUUUUUUAACCUUAAAUAUAUGAGUUCUGAGAAAAAUGCAAUAUAUAUGCAAAAUAUAAAAUUGUCUUGUACUAAGCAAUUUUCAAUAUUUUUUUCUCAGCCCAUUUCAAAUAACCAAUGCUUGAAUCAGUGAUAUUUCACUGAUUCACUCAACAAACAGGUGCUAAGCUAGGAAUUAAGGGUAGAAAAGAUGGCUAAAGAAUGGACACUACUCUAAGUAUCUAUACUUCCUCUUCCUCUCCCUCCACCCCCAUCCCUUAUUACAAUAAGUAACAUGUUAACAAUACGUUCUAUUCAGUGAAACCUUGUUGAUUGUAUGUGAUGCUACACGACGGGAAUGAUAGUGCAAAGGGACAUUUAAAAACUAAAUGAAAAGGGAAGUGACCCUUAGAACUGAAUAUUUAAAAACAAGUAUAUUGUCUUGAAGCAGAACCGCUUUGAUGUAAUUGAUCUCUGGUCAACUUGAGCAAAGAUUAUCAGAUUAUUUAGUUUUAUAAAGUAUAAAAAUCUUUGCUUUCUUGAUAAGGGGAUUAUCUUAAAUAUAAGGAUGAUUCCGUUGUCUAGAGGGAGACAGCCUCACUGAAGCCGCCCAGACCACCUGAAUGAUUCUGUAUUACCAGUGAUUUCUUGACUGGAUUGAGGCUAAGAAAGGGAAAAGUUGAAUGAAGAUGCCUAAAGAGGCCUUUGGGGAUUUAGAAGGGAAUUGUGAAAGACCCAUUCCCUCUAGAUUUAAACACCAAUUCCUUUACUGUGAUAAAAGCAACAGCCUUUGGGCACAUCUCUUUGUUAUUCACAUGGUAGAUCUCUCCCAGCUCAACCUACAAAUGCACGCCAUUCACUCUGAAAGACCAUGACUUUCCCCAAGGUGGAACUGACGCCCACCCCUUACUCUACACAUGGCACCACUUCCCAUAGACCCACUCAACUGUUGACUCCUGCUCAAGGCCCAUCAUCACCACCCAUCCCAGCACCAUCUUCCAGGAACUGGCCUCUCCCCACUUGUCCCCGCCCCUCUCUUGAGAGCACCCAAUGGGUGGAGUCGGGGCCGCGGUGGGAGGGGCCUGAGGCGGGCCCAUUUAAAGAAAGGCAGAGGGCGAAAGAAGGCAAAAGAGAAGAAAGAGAAACCAGGGGGGCGAGGCGCCGUCCAAUGACAAAGCCCAGGGGUGGGCGCCGGCCGCCAUCUUGUACCGGGCGGCAGGAUAUUCACCCGCGUCCUCCGCCCUCAGAGGGGGAGGGGCGGCAGCGGAGGCGAGAAAAGUAGGGAGAGACGCGCCGCCGCCGCGGAGCCGGACGCGGGCGGGGGCGGCGGCGGUGGGACCCGGCGAGCGCGGACUGCCCCGAGUGGCCUCCGAUGCGGCGCGGCGUGAAGAGGCGGCGGCGCCGGCCCCUGGCGGCUCCGGCCACGGCCGGCCGGGGCGGCAGCUUUAGGGCGGGAGGAGGGGCCGGACUGGAGGCGCGGGAGGAGAAGGUGGUGUACUCCCGGUCGCAACUGUCGCUGGCCGACAGCACCAAGGCGCUGGGCGACGCCUUCAAGCUGUUCAUGCCCCGCAGCACGGAGUUCAUGAGCUCGGACGCGGAGCUCUGGAGUUUCCUCUGCAGCCUCAAGCACCAGUUCUCCCCGCACAUCCUGCGCAGCAAGGACGUCUACGGCUACUCCUCCUGCCGAGCCCUGGUCCCCGACCCCCCGCCGCCCCCCACCGCCCGCGGCCAGAAGCGCAGGCUGGCCCCGGGCGCGGCGGCCAGGAGGAGGCGCCGCGGAGCCCCGGCGGCCACCGCCCGCAGGAGGAAGCCCCCGCCGUCGCCGGCCCCCGAGGAGAGCUGCCCGGCCAAGCCCGUGGCCCCGGGGCCCUGCUUCGGGGGCCGUACCCUGGAGGAGAUCUGGAGGGCAGCCACCCCGACGCUGACCACCUUCCCCACCAUCCGCGUCGGCAGCGACGUGUGGGGCGAGCGCAGCCUGGCGGCGGCGCGGCGCCGAGCACGGCAGGUCCUGCGAGUGAACCUGGAACCCGUGGUGAGGCUCCGCCGCUUCCCCGUGCCCCGGGCGUGAGACGCGACCCUAAGGGCGCCUCCUGCUGGCCGCGCCCGACCCGCCGAGGGAAGGCCUCCCGACAUGCACCGCCCCCUCCGACGGCGCCGCGGCGGCCCACCU